UUUUAAACGGGCACGAUCCUCAUCCUCACCACAACACAAAAGCUCUUCAUUGCAAUUUUUGGGAUAUUUUAAUCCAGGAGUGGGUUGAAGCAGAUGUUGUUUGGAAAGUGAAUAUUGCUCCCGUAGAGCAGGUGAGCGGACGACGCGCACAGUUUGAAUGGGUUUGGAAGAAGGAUAAAUCUACGCCAAGAAAGCAAGUUACCAAACAAUUUAUUUAAAGAAAAGAGUCACGGUGGACAUCACAGCUUAUUUUGAGGAAAAAAAAGCUUUCUGGGGAGAUUCUGGAGAAUAGUUAUAUCAAUUCAUUGACUGGGAGAAGCAGAAUCUUCAGACUUUUUUUUCCAGAGAAGAGCGUCAGUUUUGCACAAGAGUCUACAUCGUGUUUACAGGUUUGUUGUAAAUGUUUGAGAGUCAGGAUCAUUCGAUAAGAACCAUCACUGAGUUGAAAGUGAGAACUUUUGAAGAAGAAAUGGAUCCUGUUCGUUCUUGGGUGCGCAACGUCGGUGUUAUUGAUGCAAACAUAGCGGCUCAGAGUGGAGUGGCCUUAUCUCGUGCUCACUUUGAAAAGCAGCCCCCCUCCAACCUCAGAAAAUCCAACUUCUUCCAUUUUGUUCUGGCGCUCUAUGAUCGCAACGGACAGCCUGUGGAGGUGGAGAGGACAUCGUUUGUUGACUUUGUGGAGCAGGACAAGGAGCAGACGGGAGAAAAGACCAACAAUGGCACUCACUAUAAACUCCAGCUCCUGUACAGUAAUGGCGUCCGCACUGAACAAGACCUUUAUGCACGUCUCAUUGACUCAGUCACUAAACAGCCCAUAUCAUAUGAAGGACAGAACAAGAAUCCAGAAAUGUGCCGCGUUUUGCUGACUCAUGAGGUCAUGUGCAGUCGCUGCUGUGAGAAAAAAAGCUGCGGUAAUCGCAACGAGACACCAUCUGACCCGGUCAUCAUUGACAGAUUUUUCUUGAAGUUUUUUCUGAAGUGCAAUCAGAACUGUCUGAAGACGGCAGGAAACCCCAGAGACAUGCGGAGAUUUCAGGUGGUUCUGUCCACCACGGUCUGCGUGGACGGUCCUGUUCUCGCCAUUUCAGAUAAUAUGUUCGUACACAACAACUCCAAGCAUGGGCGUCGCUCUCGUAGAAUGGAUCCAAACGAGACGGUGGAGAAUAACAUGGAAUACGCUACUCCAUGUAUCAAAGCCAUCAGCCCUAGCGAAGGCUGGACUACAGGUGGCGCUAUGGUUAUUGUGAUUGGGGAAAACUUUUUCGAUGGUCUGCAGGUGGUUUUCGGGAGCAUGCUAGUGUGGAGCGAGUUGAUCACACCUCAUGCAAUUCGAGUUCAGACUCCACCUCGACACAUUCCAGGAGUUGUAGAAGUUACGCUGUCCUACAAAUCUAAGCAGUUUUGUAAAGGAGCUCCAGGACGCUUCAUUUAUACAGCUCUGAAUGAGCCAACUAUUGACUACGGCUUCCAGAGACUCCAAAAGCUCAUCCCUCGACAUCCCGGUGACCCUGAUAAAUUGGCCAAGGAAAUGUUACUUAAAAGAGCAGCAGAUGUUGUUGAAUCCCUCUAUGGAAAUACUACCAGCAAUCAGGACAUGUUGCUGAAGCGGGCUGCAGAUAUAGCGGAGGCUCUGUACAGUGUCCCGCGUCCUCACAGUCAGCUGCAGGCCAUGCCCAGCUCCCCUGUCCACGGCAGCGUCAUGGGUCUCAGCUCGUAUCCCACACAGCUGGGUGUCAGCAUUGGAGAACCUGGACAAACCAGUGGCCAAGGUUACACUCGUAACUCCAGCAGUUUGUCCCCCCGGGGUUACCCAUCCUCAUCGACCCCUCAGCAGUCUGCUUAUGGGUCUAAUGGAGGCAUGAGUUACGGAGCGGUGCCCAUGAGCAGUCUGGGUGUUUCUGGAUCGCCUGGUUUUAACAGCGCCUCCCCAAACAGCUCGCCUUAUGCUAUCAUGCCGUCUAGCCCUCCAGGCUCCAGUUCCUCGUCCUCCCUCUUGCCAUUCUCAUCUUUCCCAUCUUCUAACAAACAAAAAAGUGCCUUUGCUCCAGUCCUGAGACCACAGGGUUCACCAUCACCCGUUUGCCAAAGCUCAGGAGGCACCAGCUUCAGAGCAAUGACAGGCCUUGUGGUUCCUCCAAUGUAGCGGAUGAGUUUUGCUGUGUAAUCUCCUGAUAAAGAGCCUUCAAGGGGAAUCAGAGACAACAAGGACACAUUCAGACUACUUUUGGGAACUUUUAUUUUCAGAGAAAUCCUUUAAAUGCACACCGAUUGCCUCUGAUUGUGAGGAGGUUGCCAAAGGGAUGGCGUUACUUACAGGUUCUUCCACUCUUGCAAUGCCAAAAGAGCUAUAAUUGUACCAUGAGACUGAAGACUGUUACACAUUUUGGCCGUCUGCUUUCACUGGUCAAUAGACUUCCACCACAGUAGAUGCCAGUAAAAGGGAUGCCAAUUGUCAAACGUGAGAUUUGUUUUUUUUAUUAUGACCAUAUACCCAUAGAUACACAUCCCUAAACCGAAACUGUGUGUUUUCAAAGCAAAUAUCAGGCUUUUCGCUUAGAGAAAGGGAAAAUGUUUAUUUAGGUUUAGGUUUAUGAACUGAUUACCUCAUAUAUUGACUUAUUUAAGGACAAAAAAACUAUAUAAGUU